AUAAACCUCUUCUCCUCUACCACACUAACAAUACUCUUUGUGCUGACAUUACCCAUUAUAAUAACAAAUACCAACAUCUAUAAAAGUGACAAAUACCCAACAUAUGUAAAAAACACAGUCUCAUCCGCCUUCCUAAUUAGCCUAGUCCCAAUAAUCGCAUUCACAAAUACGGGCCAAGAAAUAAUUAUCUCAAACUGACACUGAAUUACUAUCCAGACUCUCAAACUAACCCUCAGCUUCAAAGCAGAUUACUUCUCAAUCGUAUUUGCACCAGUAGCACUAUUUGUCACGUGGUCUAUCAUGGAAUUCUCGAUAUGGUACAUACACUCAGACCCACACAUCAAUCAGUUCUUUAAGUAUCUCCUCCUCUUCCUCAUCACAAUAAUAAUCCUUGUCACAGCUAACAACCUUUUCCAACUAUUCAUUGGCUGAGAGGGUGUCGGAAUUAUGUCCUUCCUACUAAUCGGAUGAUGACACGGACGUACAGAUGCAAAUACAGCUGCCAUCCAAGCAAUUCUCUAUAACCGCAUCGGAGACGUAGGAUUCAUUAUAGCCAUAGCAUGAUUCCUAUCAAACCUAAACACAUGAGACAUACAACAAAUCUUUAUAAUUAACCCAACCCACUCAAACCUACCGCUAAUAGGACUAAUCCUAGCCGCAACCGGAAAGUCCGCCCAAUUCGGCCUUCACCCCUGACUCCCCUCAGCAAUGGAAGGCCCUACACCCGUCUCAGCACUACUCCACUCAAGCACAAUAGUCGUAGCAGGAGUUUUCCUAUUAAUCCGAUUCUACCCCAUGAUAGAAAAUAACAACCUCAUACAAACCAUCACAAUAUGCCUAGGAGCUAUCACCACACUGUUCACGGCAAUAUGUGCACUUACCCAAAAUGACAUCAAAAAGAUCAUUGCCUUCUCCACCUCAAGCCAACUAGGCCUGAUAAUAGUGACAAUUGGCAUUAACCAACCCCACCUAGCAUUCCUACACAUCUGCACACACGCAUUCUUCAAAGCCAUACUAUUUAUAUGCUCCGGAUCCAUCAUCCACAACCUAAAUAACGAACAAGACAUUCGAAAAAUAGGAGGCCUAUUCAAAACAAUACCCUUCACCACAACAACCCUAAUCGUAGGCAGCAUAGCCCUCACAGGAGUGCCAUUCCUAACAGGGUUCUACUCCAAAGACCUAAUUAUCGAAGCCGCCAAUACAUCUUACUCCAACGCCUGAGCCCUAUUAAUUACACUAGUUGCCACCUCCCUUACAGCCGUCUACAGUACCCGCAUUAUCUUUUUCGCACUACUAGGACAUCCCCGCUUCCCUACAUCAACCCUCAUUCAUGAAAAUAACCCACUUCUGCUUAACUCACUCAAACGCCUUAUAGCGGGAAGCAUUUUCGCAGGGUUUAUUCUCUCCCACAACCUUCCCCCUAUAACAACACCCCUAAUAACUAUACCUCCCUACCUCAAAAUGACAGCCCUAGCAGUAACCAUAUUAGGCUUCACUCUGGCAUUUGAAAUCACCCUCAAUACCCAAAACCUAAAAUACAAACACCCCACAAAUAGCUUCAAGUUCUCUACCCUCCUAGGAUAUUUCCCCACUAUUAUACAUCGACUACCACCCCACCUAAGCCUAACAGCAAGCCAAAAACUAGCAUCCUCCCUUCUAGACUCGGCAUGACUAGAAAACAUCCUACCAAAGUCCAUAGCCCACGCACAACUAAAACUCUCAACACUAGUCUCAAACCAAAAGGGCCUAAUAAAAAUAUAUUUUUCUAUCAUUCCUUAUCACUAG